CAGAGAGAUUUUAGCCUACAGAAGUGUAAUGUCCCGGUAAUUUGCCGGUUGCUGCACUAAAACGUUACACGUUACGGUCUCGUUCGAUUUCCUGUUUACGUCACCGUUACUGUGCACGUAUCCGAAACUGUGGUCAGCGAUCAAACUGCUGGUGACGUCAUUUCGCACAUGCGCGGAACCGAUCGUGUUGCUGUACGGAUCAAGUAGCGACAAUGUUGACCAAUACGAAUGUGUUUGACGGACGUCUGUUUAUCCAAUGAGCACAAUCCGCUCGUGGGUAUCAGCCAAUCCUGGCUCAGGAAGCAGUAUUACUCGGUAUACAAGUCAGAGCUGUAUCACCGGUCGGAGAUCAGUUGCGUUCAUCAGUCGCCUCAGCUGGAUCUUUAGUAAAUAAAGAGUUCAUAUUACAGUAAAAACAUUUGGACACGUGAACACAAUCCGAGGGAUCCACGACCUCCUGACGUCUCAAACUGUUUCCUGUGUUUUGUGGCACAAAGCGAGACAGAUGUUCCUCCACUGGCCUCGUUUACGUGUUCAGCGUGUUGUUUCUCCAUCUGAGACGAAGCCAUGACUGCGUGUCCCGUCGUGUCCAAGCUCACGUGGAAGACCAACUAUCUGAUCCUGCUGGUGAUCUGUGCUGGCGUGAUCAUGUGGAUCACAUCCCUGUCUGAGAGCCGGGGGAAGAUGCGUAUGCAGUUGCCACCAUCAUCUGAGGUUCAGGAGAUAAAGAAGGAGCUGCAGAUGGAGACGGUGAGGGAUGUGGAGCAGCAGGAGGAGGGGGGGGAGAGAGUGCCGAAGGAUCCCUGUCCUGAGAAAUCACCACUGCUCCAUGGAGCUGAUCGCUUGGAGUUCAAAGCGUCUCUGACUCUGGAGCAGGUGGAGGAGGAGAAUAGGGGUGUCUUGGAGGGUCAGUACGAACCAGAGGAGUGUAAAGCGAGGCAGAGCGUCGCUGUUCUCAUCCCUCAUCGAAACCGAGAGAAACACCUGCUUUACCUACUGCACCACCUCCACCCCUUCCUGCAGCGGCAGCAGCUUCACUAUGCCAUCUACGUCAUCCACCAGGCUGGUGAGGCUACAUUCAACAGGGCAAAGUUGUUGAACAUCGGUUACCUGGAGGCUCUUAAAAACUUCAACUGGGAUUGUUUCAUCUUUCAUGAUGUAGAUCUCGUCCCAGAAAACGAUCACAACCUCUACAUGUGUGCAGAACAUCCGAAACACUUAGUGGUGGGCCGCAACUCCACCGGCUACAGAUUGAGAUACAAUGAUUAUUUUGGAGGUGUCACAGCGAUGAGUAAGGAGCAGUUUGCCAAAGUAAAUGGAUUUCCAAACACCUACUGGGGCUGGGGAGGGGAAGACGAUGACCUCCGGUUAAGGGUGCGGCUGCUGGGGAUGAAAAUUGUGCGUCCACCCGCAGAGGUCGCUCGCUACACCAUGGUGUUUCACAACAGAGACCACGGCAACGAGGUCAAUAAGGACCGGAUGCGUUUACUGGGUCAGACACCUAAGAUGUGGAGGAAGGACGGUCUGAACUCAUGUAGGUAUAAAACUCUGUCAGUGGAGCGACCUGUGCUAUACAUUAAUGUCACGGUGGACAUCGGGACCCAGCCAAACUCGCACUGAGGGCGGCCUGCACUGGACAACAACACUACAAACACACACCGAGAGCGACGUCACAUCACAGAGAGUCCCGGUUCCUCUGCUUAGUCUCUGCCUCGAGCCGCAGAGCCACUCAGGAGACUCGGUUUUAAUGGAACUUGAGUGAUCCGAUCAUUUGUGGUUUCUUUUUGUUACUUGACUAGAACUUACUGAUCUGAGCGCUUCUUUAUGAAGAAGUUCUUAGACCACAACUGCUCGCUGCUUGAAACUAUGGUAAUGAUUAUAAGUGUCAUUAACAUGGACAAGACAAGACGCUACGCUCUCUCUCUCUCUCUCUCUCUCUCUCUCGCGCUCUCUCUCUCUGAGAAUGUAAAAGUCAGGACUGACGGUUUGGGUGCAUUUCAAUUUAGAGAUCUUUACACUACAGAAUUGCAUGAAGGAUGAUGAACAUGUUCUUAAAAACUACACGCAAAAAAGCUUCGCAUGUCCAAUUCCACUGUGUGUUAAAGGGUCAGUGCAGGGGGGGGGGGGGGGAUGGACAGCGAGGGUUUACGAUUAAACGUAGAAUAGUUUAGAUUAAAUACAUUUCAGACCAAUCAAAAUGUUUUCUUUCAAAUGUGAGUCUAAAGGUAUGGAGAACUAGUUAAAUGGCUUUUACAGACCAUGUAGCAUGCACUAGUGUGUGUGUGUGUGUGUGUGUGUUCUAUAUGUGUGAUUUUUUUUUUAUUCUCAUUGAAAAUUUGAGUGUAAUUGGAAUAAAAUAAAUCAUCUAUAACGAA